ACACCAGACUGUUUUCACGCCCAGCAGGCCGAGACACACGGAGGGAGAGGACUUCCGGAGUAUAACCGGUGCAGCAGCCUUGUGGAGUCGAUCAUGUGCGAUGGGGAGGUGCGGGCCGUCCCUCUGCACCGGCGGCCGGACCUGCUGGCCGCGUGCGCCGACCUGCUGAACGCGGAGUGGCGGCGCAGCGCCGGGGCGAGGCGGCACUCCCUGGAGCAGUCCUGCGACGGCUUCCCCGUGAGCCUGGUGCUGCUGCAGGGCGCCGGCGCGGCCGAGAGGCUGCUGGGCCACGCCAGGCUGUCCCUGGUGGUGGGGCAGGAGGGCAGCCUGUUCGUGGAGUCGGUGGUGGUCGCGGCCGAGCUGCGGGGGCGGGGCUUCGGCCGCGCGCUCAUGGAGGCGGCCGAGCGCUACGCCCGGGGGCGGGGCUUCCGCAGGCUGUGCCUCACCACCCACGACCAGCAGUGCUUCUACGCCCGCCUGGGCUACGGCCCCUCGCGGCCCGUGCAGAGCGCCGGCGCCAUGACCGCGUUCGUGCCCAUGGAGGUCCUGCAGAGGUUCUCGCGCCCGCCAGCGGAAGGGGGAGACUCGAGGAUGGCGGCGGCGGCGGUGGCGGCACCCCUUCCCCGGAAUGGCCCCCAUUGCCUGUCUGUGACCACUCCCUCGCAGGCUCCUCCCCUGGACACGCCCACUGCACUACUGUUGGCCCCGCCCCUCCCCUCUCUCUCUUCUUCGGGUCCUCCUAAGGCCUCUCUGUGCCACCCCGCCACCCCUGCUCCUCCCCCUCCCCCCCUCUCCGCCCACCUCCAGCCCGCAGUCUCCUCGUCUUCCCCUCAGGCCGCGCUGGGGACGCCCUACAGGGAUGCAAGGGGACGGCCCGUCUUCUGGAUGCAGAAAGACCUCUGAGGGGACCCGGGAUCCGGGAUGUCGACCCAGGCAGGAGGAAGUCGUCUCCUUCGCCCCGCGGCGGUGAAGAGGGCGUCAUGCCAAGCGGAUCAACGUCAAGGUGGCACGAUGGCGGGUUCGAACGUUGACCAGCGGCUAGGGAGGAGGAGGCAGGACGAGGACAUCCAAGCCCUGGAGGCUCCCGAAGAAAAUUCCCUUGGCACGCUGGGUGUGUAACCACCAGCCCGGGAAGAGAGCCUGGACACUAGUGCUACCGGACUCCUUUCACUCGUCCCGUAUCGGACCUGCCAGCUGCCAUGCGAGAAACGGCUGCGGGUUCGACACCAGCUGUGCCACCUGAGAGGCCUUCAUCUUGGCAGCUGCGAUAUUCCCUUGUAUUUUAAUUUCACAUUAAAACAUCACUGAGCUUGACUUGAAAAA